AUGGCGGAUCCGGGCGCUGCGCUGGCGCCGGAUCUCAGGAAGCGAAUCGAGAUCAUGGCGGAUCACAUUGCGAGGAAUGGUGCUGACUUUGAGACAACGGUGAAGCAGAAGAACGCCAGCAACCCGCAGUUCUCGUUCUUGUACAAUGGCGAGGGCGCUGAAUACUACCAGCAGGCCAGUGCCUCCAAUCGGCUUCGAACUGUGCUGGAGAACAAGAUGGAGAGCAAUGAAGGUGCCCGUUGCCCUUGCACCGCCGACAGCGGCGGCCCCCGUGGGCUCACUCCCCUCACGGCCACCGAUGUUCAGGGAGCGCCGCCGGUGGAGCUGGCCGAUGUCCUUCGACGGUGGAAGGAGCCGCAGGUGUUGGCUCUGACCCCGGAGGUGGAGCGGCAGCUUCACGGUGUCAUCGCCUCCCUGGAGCACAUGGCCUCGAGGGAUGCCAUCAAGAGUGGUCGGCUCUGGAUCGAGUGCAACAGCGCCUUGGCACCUCACAUUGCGGGCCACAUCAUGCUCCGCGUCUCCUUCCUGUCCACUUGCUCGCACAGGCUACAUGUGCUGUACCUCGUGCACGAUUUGCUGCAGACCGAAGCUGCCCGCAAGGACUUGCACGCUCCGUUGGUCCGGGCCUUCAAGCCAUACUUGCCGUGGAUUCUGCGCCCUUGCUACCAGCUGGCGCUGACGGCCCAGGGCGAGGAGACCAGCAGGGUCCUCCGCCUGGUACAGCUGUGGGUCGACCGGGGCAUCCUUUCGGCACAGGAGGCCGAGGAGGUCAAGGCUGUCACGAUGACACAGGAGUUGCCCGGUGUCCAGGCCUCCUCCACACGGCCGCUUGCUCCACACGCGCCCAUGGGCAUGCCUGGCUCGGCUCCGCUGCCCACAGGUGCGCUACGUCCACCUCCAGCGGCACCCUGCAUGCCUUUCGCUGGGGCUGCGAUGUCAGUGCCCAUGCUCCAUGGCUACCAGAAGCAGAUCCUGGCGGGACUACAGCACACCGGCGUGCAAACGCCGGAGACUGUCCCGGUGGGCGUUCUGGCCUCCAUGCUGGCUUCCGUGGCAAAUCACCCGUCCGGCAAGCACGUGAGGUACAGGCCUCUGGAUCCUGCCAUGACACCGCAGGCACUGCCGGCAAUGGAGGUCCCCACACCCCACCUGCUGGCCAAAGUGGAAGAGUUCUACGAGGACCUGCAAGACGAGGACCGGGGCUCCAGCAGCUCCUCAAACAGCUCCUCUCGGUCUCGGUCACGCGAGCCGGAGCGAAGAGAGGCGAGGAUGGGCUUCGGAGCAAUGAGCGCCAUGCCUCCUCCUGUCUUUUGA